AUGCCUGAUCUUGCUGAACUUGCAUUAGUUGGUGCUGCUGCUGCUUUCGGAGCAUAUGAAUUGUAUCAUCAUCAUAAAUACGGUAAUUUUGGUUUUGGAAAUCCUUACAACAACAGUUCUGGAUACACUGGAUACGGUAAUCAAUAUGGAUAUGACUCUGAAUAUGGAUAUGGGAAUCCAUCUGGAUAUGGCUCUGAAUAUGGAUAUGGUCAAACAGGAUACGGACAUCAUCAUCAUCAUCAUCAUAUGUUAUAA